CUUUGUCUGAAAUAAUUUGAGGUUAUGUCACCUUGUGUACAUUUAUCUGUGCAUGCAAAAAUUGGCGCUUAAAAGACAAAAUUUUUAAUAGAGAUACAUUUAAAUAUCUUACAAAGUAAUUUAGAUAAUUUCAUUUGAAAGAUGGAUGAUGAAGCAGAAACGUACAAACUUUGGCGGAUCCGCAAAACGGUGAUGCAACUCUGUCACGAUCGAGGUUAUCUUGUUACCCAGGAUGAAUUGGAUCAAACGCUUGAGCAAUUCAAAGAACAGUUCGGGGAUAAACCUAGUGAAAAACGACCAGCGAGAAGCGACUUAAUCGUAUUAGUGGCUCAUAAUGAUGAUCCCACAGAUCAGUUAUUCGUUUUCUUUCCAGAUGAGCCCAAAAUUGGUAUUAAAACCAUUAAAACUUACUGUCAGCGAAUGCAAGAAGAAAAGAUUCAUAGGGCUAUUAUUGUUGUACAAUCAGGUAUGACCCCAUCAGCAAAACAAUCAUUGGUUGAUAUGGCACCAAAGUACAUUCUAGAACAGUUUUUGGAAUCUGAAUUGUUAAUUAAUAUCACGGAGCACGAAUUAGUACCUGAACAUAUUGUUCUCACUCCUGAUGAAAAGGAGGAACUUCUAACUAGAUAUAAGCUCAAAGAAAAUCAACUUAUGCGUAUACAAGCCAAUGAUCCAGUUGCCAGAUAUUUUGGAUUAAAAAGAGGACAAGUUGUUAAAAUUAUUAGACCUUCCGAAACUGCUGGACGUUAUAUUUCUUAUAGACUAGUGUGUUGAGUGAUAAUUGUUUUUAUUUUGAA